AUGCUCUCUUUCGCCAGACUAUCCAGGCAAUUGCCUAGUGCUAUACAGCCUAUAAGAAGCCUCAGUUCUUACGCUGUCAACGAUGGUUCUCACCUUGGUGAUGCUUUGGCUACUCAAGGAAUAGAUACAGUGCAAUUGGCUUAUGACAAGCAUGAACCUCCAAAGAAACCAGAAGUCACCAAAUCCCCAUUAAUAUUCUUGCAUGGUCUUUUCGGUUCAAAGACAAAUACUAGGACUGUUGCCAAAACGCUUGCACAGCGUCUUUCUCGUGAUGUGUACUGUCUUGAUCUUAGGAACUUUGGGCAAUCUCCACAUACACCCAGAUUAGACUACCCAUCCUUGGCAGCUGAUGUGGAAAGAUUCAUAGACGAAGCUGAAUUGCCUAAGAAACCAAUUCUAGUGGGCCACUCUAUGGGAGCAAAGACAAUCAUGGCUGUGGCGUUGAGAAGACCUGACAUUCCCGAGAUGGUUGUAUCUGUGGAUAACGCACCAGUAUUCAUUCCUAGCACUUCGGGUGGAAAGUUCAGCAAAUACGUGAAGCAUCUUAGACAGGCUCUUGAAGUUCAGAAGUAUACAAGCAUUAAGGAUGUGGAUGCUGAGUUGGCCAAGGUCGAGCCAUCUAAGGAGAUUAGACAGUUUCUUUUGACCAACGUCGAUAGAGGUCAGAAGGACGACGUCUGUAAGUCCAGGAUUCCGCUUGAAACUAUUGAUAAGGCCAUUGUUGGUGGCAAUAUCGCUCUGUGGCCAUACGAUCCUAAUGUGGCACGUUGGAGCAAGGGCCCUGCUCUUUUUAUCAGAGGAACAGAGUCAAAGUAUGUUCCUGACGACGUUUUCCAAGACAUUGGCCACUACUUCCCACAUUUCGAAGUGAGAGACGUCAAAGCAGGUCACUGGUUGAUCAGUGAAAACCCUAAAGAGUUCAUGAACGUCUUGUGUGAAUUUAUUGAAAGAAAUGAGGACGAAUGA